GGAAUUCUAUGGUUGAAUUGACAUUUGAGGUUAAAGCUGUGUUUACUAAAAAAUCAUUCAUUUGAGGAAUACAAUACAUAAUUUUUACUAAUAUGUAAUAUGCAUAAAUAUUCUCAAUGUGGGUAUAACUGUAUAUUUCAGUUGGCUCCAAGCGUAUAAUAGCAAAUAAUAAUUCCCUCAUGAAAAUUUUGUGAAAAAUUAAUAGACAUAUUGGCCUAGUGUUGAUAUUUGAUAAUUGGUUGAUUUUAAGUAAUAACAAUAAAAAUGGAUUUGAAUAAACGCGCUGAAGAAUACUUCAGUUCUAUGAAUUCCAUAGCAAACCGAAUUUGUAAUGACAUUAAUGAAACUAAAGCAGCUUAUGAGGAACUCUGGAAUACACUGAGUCCUUUGGAACAAGAACAAAUAUUGAAUGAAAGUAUUAUCAAGCCCGAAGUAAAAAUAAAAUAUAAUUGCCAGGAAACAGAAGCAUAUACGAAAAAACAGGAAUAUUCUUCCAAAAUAAUUAUUGAUGAGAAUAACUGCUUUUACCGAGAUGAGCACUCAGCUCCCUUCAGUUUUAAAACAAAAAGCCAAAGAGAUUUAUCCAUAUUAGCACCUAAUGAUACUAAAGUCAAGAAGACUAUGCAGGUUAUAAAUAUUUCGAAGAAACCUAUUAUUAAGGAGGUGGCCCAGAUUGAGCAAAAAAACAAUUUUGUAGAACCCCAGGUGGACGAGUCUUGUAAUGAAUUACCACCAAAAACAGGACUGGACUUUUUAGAUAACUGGUAACAUUUUGUAAUGUUUUCUCAACCAAAGAUAAUUGUAUUGCUCAUAAUCUAUUUAUAUUGAUGUAGUCAUGAUGCACAAGGGAAAUUUUGUAUGUAAUAAUAUUUUAUUUAUUUGAUUCAAGUGUUUUUUAUAUUCAAAUAUAAUCUUUCUUAAAUUGAA